GGGCCAAUUGCCUUCAAAAUAAACACAGUAGUGGAAAGCUUUCGGAUUUUCUGUGCCUUCCUUCCUUCCGCUUCGCCCAGGGGACCUCUACACAUCUGUUUUAGGGGGCGAGCGCGCUGUCAAGGAUGUGAGCAAGGUGGGGGCACUAGAUGGCUUUAAAUAGCCGCCACCAAAACUUCGGGACAUCAGAUCAACUCCGGUCUCUGACGUGCAAUAACCAAAGGCGGGCUUUCUCGACUUCAAAUCAAGCUUUUGGACUAAUUUAUUUUAAAAAAUAUUAUUAUUUACGCUGGGACUAGGAUCUCAGAGUAUUAUGUGGAACACCGUGUCUAGCCUGAAUAUGCACUCGUCAUUCCUCGCUCUCUGCUUGGCUGCUCUUCAGUGUUUCAGAAUAGUGGACUCUUUCCCAAACCCAUCUCCGCUGCUUGGAUCCAACUGGGGUAAUCCCAAAAGAUAUGUACACCUGCAGACAUCCUCGGACAUCAGCAACUUCUACUUGGAAAUCACUUUGAAUGGCCAAGUUAGGAAAACUACGAGCAGAAGUUCAUACAGUGUAGUGCUGCUGAAAUCGGAAGCAAGAGAUCGCCUGGCUAUACUCGGUGUAAAAAGUAACCGCUAUUUGUGCAUGGAUGCCGAGGGAAAACCUUUCAGCUCUGCUGUCUGCAACAAAGACUGUCUCUUCCACCACAAGCUGUUGGAGAACCACUACGAUGUGUACUACUCCUGUACUAGCGGCCUUGUGCUCAACCUAGAGGGGGCUAAGCAGGCAUACGUGGCGGGGAAGAACUUGCCGCCCUACUCCCUCUUCCUGUCGGAAAAGAACACCGUGCCCCUGGAGCGCCUGCUGCACCGGGAGAAGAGGACCCGGCAGGUGGACCCGUCUGACCCCCUGCGCACGCUCAACCAGCCCGGCGAGGGCUCGGACUCCCAGGCCUACAAGGACCAGGACCUGGACCAGGACGUGGAACAGGAGGCGGAGACGCCAGAGCAGGGCCGGGCCGUUUCCAAGGAGACCAUCACGUCCGCCUUUCACGACGACCCUCUGCAGGUGCUGCAUUCCAUGAACCCCAGCAGUCCGCGGAUAGCAGGCACCCUGGGCUGAGGGGAGGGCCGGGUUGGAGGGGUGCGUUAGGUGGGCUCUGCUACAGCUGGUCUGAAAAACCCACUGUUUUUUUUAUUUAAAGAUGUUACAGAGAGAAUCCCUUAGGCUACAGUACCAGACCUUUUACCUCUUGUAUCCGUAAGUUAUUAAAGCUAAAGUAGCCUGAUUGAUUUAGGCAAAUUUCAAACUUGCUUCAGAAGGUCUAAAAUGAAGGUGCAUGGUAAGGUAGCUGAAACAAGACAAGAAAAAUCAGGGAAGGCUGUGUAAAAAUGCUGUUUAGUCAAACCUGUGCAAUGCUAUUUUCAUAAACGGAGCAACCUGGAAUAGUUAUUUUUUCCCGUAGUGAUAGAUUUUCCUCAACCAGGGCAGGGAUUAAAAUCCCAUAAAAAUCCAGCUGCGUCAGUACAUACAGCUUGCAGUGAAGUAUGGCUUUGUUCAUGGAGGAACGGCAAGGACAUGCCAAACCUCUCACUGCAAGGCAAUAUUAGUACUGUGUUUUUAAAAUGUAUCCUGACAAGAAACAAGAAUCUUUUUGUUCUUUCACCCUUUACCCCGAAAGUUAACCUUUAUAUCAUGGGCUUUUGCCAACUGCUUCAGUAUUUUCUUUAUUUUAAAACAACUUUGUCACAGAAAUUUACUAGAAAUGAAUUGCAAUAUGCAGUUAAUUUCCACAGCAACAGGUAAUGGCGGAUAGUUGAAAGUGGUUGAAAAAUAUUGCAGAUUUGAUAAAUUCUUAUAAUUUAUAGGUAUUUUUUCAUAUACAGUAGCUUACUAAUACUGUGUGGCUCAUCAGCCACAUCGUGCUCAGAAGUAAUACAUUGCGCUUGGUAAUGUUUCUCUUGAAUAUAUUUAAUUCAAUGCCUACAGUGGAUUCUAGGGGUAAAAAGUUCUCAGUGAACAGAAACUUUAAGUGGCACAGUAUUCUCAAAUGUAAUACCAUUCUCCAAACCAUCUUUGUUAGAUUUAAACUCUGUGGAAGAGAGGUGCUGGUCACCACCAGCGGACAACGUAUCAAUCCAAAGUAUUUAUUUAUUUAAAUGUAUUCAUGUAUUGUUAUUUAUAAUAUUUAUAUGUAUAUCAUAAGAUUG